CCUUCUCUCCCACGCAGCAAGACCUAGCAGGCCCGGGGUUGGGCGUGCCCUCGCCUGCCCCGGCGCGCGCUGGCCUCCCCGGGCGGAGACGGUGCGCCCGGCUUAACACGAUCGGAAUCGGUAGCGGUUCUACCGAAUUCGGUAUUUAAAGUUUACAGACCGAAAAUCGGUCGUCGGGCGACCCAGCCCCAACCACCACCACCACCACCACCACCACCCCCAUUCCCUCCCGAGGGGAAGACCCUCGGCAGCUCCACCCGAGCGUUCCACCCCUGGUUCGGAUCAGCCCGGGUGUCCACGACCUGGAUCUUCCAAGUGUGCAGCUGCCCACGUGCCCACCUGAAAAGGAAGGACGCCACCUGCUCUGUCAGGGAAAGGAGGUGGAGGAUCUACUGGCCCAGUCUAAUUUUCUUCACACGUUCCCAAUCCCAACCCCAAAAGACGCCUGCCUUCGCCACAAUGCUAGAGUCCGGUGACUUUACCUCUGCCUCCUGGGAGCUUGUGGUCCGAGUUGACCACCCAAAUGAAGAGGAGCAGACAGAGGUCACGCUGAGAGUGUCAGGAGACCUGCACAUUGGGGGAGUGAUGCUCAAGUUGGUGGAGCAGAUCAACAUAGCCCAAGACUGGUCAGACUUUGCUCUUUGGUGGGAACAGAAGAAGUGCUGGCUCCUGAGGACCCACUGGCCUCUGGAUAAGUAUGGCGUACAGGCAGAUGCCAGGCUUCUCUUCACCCCACAGCAUAAGAUGCUCCGCCUCCGCCUGCCCAACAUGAAGACCGUGAGGCUUCGGAUCAGUUUCUCUGCCGUGGUAUUCAAGGCUGUGGGUGACAUCUGCAAAGCCCUGAAUAUUAGACGACCAGAAGAACUCUCCUUGUUGAAGCCUUCUGAAGACUAUUUUAAGAAAAAAAAGAAAAAAUUCAAAAAUAGCAAGGAACCCAUUAUUGAAGAUGUUCUCAACUUGGACAGUUCUUCAACAAGUUCUGGUUCACCAGUAAGUCCUGGCUUGUACAGUAAAACCAUGACUCCCACCUAUGACCCCAUCAAUGGGACACCGGUGUCAUCCACCAUGACUUGGUUCAGUGAUAGCCCCUUGGCGGAGCAAAACUGCCACAUCCUGGCAUUCAGCCAGCCUCUUCAGUCACAGGAAGAACUGGCUGACAGGUACCAGCCCCGGACUCUGGUUGAUAAAGCCAAGCUGAAUGCAGGUUGGCUGGAUUCCUCGCGCUCCCUGAUGGAACAAGGCAUCCAGGACGAUGAGCCACUGCUGCUACGAUUUAAAUACUACACUUUCUUCGACUUGAAUCCUAAAUAUGAUGCUGUCCGGAUAAACCAGCUCUAUGAACAAGCCAGGUGGGCAGUUCUCCUGGAAGAAAUUGACUGCACCGAGGAGGAAAUGAUGAUCUUUGCAGCGCUACAGUACCACAUCAGCAAGCUGUCCUUGUCUGCUGACAUCCCAGAUUGUGUACACCAGCCUGAGGUUGACGAAGUUGAAGCAGCACUGUCUAAUUUGGAAGUGACCCUUGAAGGUGGAAAAGCAACCACCACUCUGGAGCACAUUACUGUUAUCCCUAUACUUGCAGAUAAUCUGAAGUUAUUUAGACCCAAGAAGCUAUUAUUAAAAGCUUUCAAGCAAUACUGGUUUGUCUUUAAGGAUACAUCUAUAGCAUACUUUAAAAGUAAGGAAGUUGAAUAUGGAGAACCAAUAGAAAAACUAAACCUUAGAGGCUGUGAAGUUGUGCCUGAUGUGAACGUAGCUGGGAGAAGAUUUGGAAUAAAGUUAUUAAUCCCUGUGGCUGAUGGCAUGAAUGAAAUGUAUUUGAGAUGUGAACAUGAGAAUCAAUAUGCCCGCUGGAUGGCUGCCUGUAUUUUGGCAUCAAAGGGCAGAACCAUGGCAGACAGCUCCUACCAGCCAGAGGUCCUCAACAUCCUUUCCUUUCUGAAGAUGAAAAACAGGAACUCUUCAGCUCCCAUGGCUUCCAAUGUUGAAAACAUGGACAUGAACCCAGAGUGUUUCGUGUCUCCUCGGUGUGCCAAAAAAUACAAGUCCAAACAGCUGGCCGCCCGGAUCCUGGAAGCUCACCAGAACGUGGCCCAGAUGCCCCUAGUUGAAGCGAAGCUGCAGUUCAUCCAGGCAUGGCAAUCACUUCCGGAAUUCGGCCUCACCUACUACCUUGUCAGAUUUAGAGGAAGCAAGAAAGAUGACAUUCUGGGAAUUUCAUACAAUCGGCUGAUUCGAAUUGAUGCCACCACUGGGAUUCCAAUUACAACAUGGAGAUUCACCACUAUGAAACAGUGGAACGUCAACUGGGAAAUUCGGCAGGUGGCCAUUGAGUUUGACCAAAAUGUCUCCAUCGCCUUCACCUGCCUGAGUGCAGAUUGCAAGAUCGUGCACGAGUACAUUGGUGGCUACAUUUUCUUGUCCACCCGUUCCAAGGACCAGAAUGAAAUACUUGAUGAGGACCUCUUUCAUAAAUUGACAGGUGGUCAGGACUGAAUGGAAGCAGGCUUCCUGCUUGGCCUCCUGGAUGUGCCAAGUUCUCCCUGCGCACCAUGGCUUACCCAAUGUGUAGAUUCCAGACUCAUAGAAUAUUUUCACCCGUGGACACCUGGAGCCUCACCUCACUUGAGCACACUUCUGGCACAGCCCUUGCCUUACUUUCCCUUGUGCUACCUGCAGUGUUGGGGUUUUUUUUGUGGCCUUUUCUAUCAAAUGAGAGGAUGGUACCAAGAUUGCUCUGUGGCCCAACAUGCAUCUUGGUGACUUACAGCACAUGCCAAAUGUUGCCUAGCAAUUAACUUUGUGGGUUUUGGCCUCUCUGUAAGUAGGAACAAAGACAGAAGGGUAAAAACCACACAUAGCAAAACUCAGGUAUAAUGAGAAAUAGGUCAUUCCUUGAUGAAACUGAUCUUCACUCUCCUCCGUCAAAAUGGCAGAGGGAGCCCACACGCACACACACUUUCUCCUUGGAAGUCAAAGAGAUGCGAGGAGAAAGAUAGGGUUAACUGGUACCAGGAGCCAAAAUGGUGAUCAUGAGUGCCAUCUCUCUACAGGUGACAACUGUCAAGGUGACUGUUGAUCCACUGGCUAACCAUUGUCCCUCUCAUGUACUACUGCCACUAAAGGCCCCAUUUCUAGGCAUCCUUUUAGACACAUUAAAGUCCUUUCUAGUAAGAAGGGGCCAACAGAGUUUCACUAUGUAACCCAAGCUGGCUUGGAACCCACGAUCCUCCUACCACAGCCUUCUGAAUGCUGGAAUUAUAGGCCCAGGCGUACCAUAUGUAGCUCCUUCUAGAAGGCAUGGUCACUCCAGCCCCAGGUUCAUGUCUCAGUGGUUUCUGCCCUGGACUUGGGGCUCAGGAAGACAGGCCCAAUUCUCUAUUCAUAAAAAUAAAACAUUCUCCAGCAGUGAGGAUUAUAGUCAGGUCUUCACCCCCACUGGCUAGGAAGAGAACAGCAGCCCUGUUUUCAAAGGUGCUUUGUCCAAGGUCUGAUAAGCAUUGGCUAACUCAAGAGGCCUGUCUGGUCUGCGUGGUAGAGAAAUGCUUCUGCACACUUCAUCUGAAUCCUCCACCUGGACCUUUUCCUGACCUUUUCCCUAAACACCUAUGGCAUUGUAAAUCACAAGCCAAUAAGGGAUUGGGGGGUGGGGGGGUGGUCCUUGCUCAGCUGUUUACUGGUACAUCCUGCCUGGAAUGGAGCACCAGCCUGCUGACAGCUGCUUUGGUUUGGUGGUGGUGGGAGGUGUAGGUGGAUUUUGAGAAGACUAAUAAGUAUUACUAGAGAAAAGGGGUAAUCUCAGAUAUUGUUUUAUUUUGCUUUUAGAAAACAUCCUGUACCACACAAAGAACCUGAGUUGGAAGGGUGAGGCCUUCCAAUUCCCUUUCCAGUUCUAAGAUCUUAGGCUGUGGCCUCAGAAGGCCUGGCCUAAGCUCAGAGGCCCACAAGCCCCAACUGUCACUUUAUUUUUCAACACAGCCAUCUGGGAAGCGACAUGUCAGCAGUUCUGGGAGUCACAGGCAGACAGCUCUGGCUAAAGAACCCCUGGCUCUGAACCAGAGCUACCUUCUGCAGAUUCCUUAGCCUUACAAGUGAAUGCUUGAGAACCUUCUGUGUACCCAUUGAAAUUUUGAGGCCUAGCAUAGAGCUCACAAGUACUUAAGGUACCUGGAAAAUCUGACUCAAUUAUAACAGGUUUAAUUUGGAGCACUUUGUGUAGAAGCUACUGCUAAGUAUACUGUGUUAAAUUUGGGGUUGGCCAUUUCUUUGUAGCCCUGGGUUCUGUUAUUUUAGAACCUUUUAGACAGGUCUCUAAAAUUACAGUGGGCCCCAGAUUAAAAUAAGCACCCCCUAACAGGUGACAAGCAACUCACACCAGUAAUCCUAGCUAGGUAGGAGGCUGAGAUCUGAGGAUUGCUGUUCAAAGCCAGCCCAUUCAGGAAAGGCCAUGAGACUCAUUUCCAGUUAACCACCAAGAGAAAAAGGCCAGAAGUGGAGCUGUGGCUCAAAUGGUAGCGCACUAGCCUUGAGCAUAAAAGCUAAGGGACAACUCCAGGCCCUGAGUCUAAGCCCCAGAACCAGAAGCCCCCUUGAUUACAUUUACUUCUUCCCUGAUAAUGACAACUCUAAUUUCCAAAGUUAGACCUUCAGCCAAGUCCCUUUCCUCCUUCCUUUUCUGAUUGGCUGGCAUUCCUGUGAAAAUGCUCCAAGGAGCUGGCAAGUUUUACACAAUGUCUGUUGGUUACAGUUUGCAGAGGAGCUGUGCCUUUGUGAUUACACAGCAAUGUUGCAAAGGAUGAACAAGUGUGACAAGAAAAUCUAAAAUGUGUUCUAAAACUUAAGGAUUUUAGGUUUAUAGAGGAUUUUUU